AUGACCGCCCUCGACUCUGGCGCCGGCGCUCACGUCCUGGUGUUUCCAUUCCCUUCACAAGGCCACAUGAUACCUCUCCUGGACCUCACCCAUCAACUCGCCACCCGCGGGUUAUCCAUCACCGUCCUCGUCACCCCACAAAACCUCUCUCUCCUUAACCCUCUUCUCUCUAAACACCCAUCCAUCAGAACCCUAGUCUUGCCUUUUCCGCCGCACCCUUCGAUUCCUGCCGGCGUGGAGAACUCCAAAGACCUGUCGGGCAAGUACUUCGGUGCUAUGCUAAUCACCCUAGGCGAACUCUACAAUCCUAUCGUCGAUUGGUUCAGAACCCACCCUUCUCCUCCGGUGGCCAUUAUCUCCGAUAUGUUCCUUGGAUGGACCCAGCAGCUUGCAUGCGAGCUCGGCAUUCACCGCGUCGUGUUCUCUCCCUCUGGCGCUAUGUCGCUGUCCGCCAUGUAUAGCUUGUGGAGGGACCUACCAAAAAUUGAAGACCCCACCAAUCUAAAGGCUACCAUUUGCUUUUCAAAAAUGCCAAAUUCGCCGGUUUUGGCCUGGUGGCAAGUCUCUGGUUUAUAUCGUAGAUAUAUUGAAAGAGCGCCAUUUUCAGAAUUCACCAAAGAUAUAUUUCGGGGCAAUAUAGCGAGUUGGGGGCUGGUGAUUAACUCGUUCACUGAGUUGGAAGGAGACUAUUUGGAUUAUCUGGCGAAUGAGUUGGGCCACGAUAGAGUUUGGGAUGUUGGGCCGUUACAUUUUCUUGAUGGAGAAAAAUCUGGGCUAAUGGAUAGGGGCGGGCCCAGUUCGGUUUCGGCUGACGACAUACUGACGUGGCUGGACACGUGCGGAGAUAACAAGGUGGUCUACGCGUGCUUCGGAAGCCAAGCGGUGUUGAAUAACAGGCAAAUGGAGGGCCUGGCACUAGGCUUGGAGAAGAGCGGGGCCAGGUUUAUCUGGUCCAUCAAGGAGCCCACGAAUGAGCACGUGGAGGGAGAUCACUGGGCACUCCCACCUGGAUUCGAAGAUCGUGUGGCUGGGACUGGGAGAGGCCUUAUAAUAAGAGGGUGGAGCCCACAAGUCAUGAUACUGAGUCACCGAGCCGUGGGCGCGUUCUUGACUCAUUGCGGGUGGAAUUCGAUACUAGAAGGACUUGUGGCUGGGGUGUCGAUGCUUGCAUGGCCCAUGGCGGCUGACCAGUUUUUGAACUCAAUUCUGUUGGUCAACGAGUUGAAGGUGGCGGUGAAGGUGUGCGAGGGGGCAGAAAGUGUUCCUGACUCGACCGAGUUGGCUCGAGCUGUGACGUUGUCGGUGAGUGAGAACUGGGCAGCGAGAGAGCGGGUCACCGAGUUAAGAAGGGCAGCGGUGGAAGCAAUCAAACCAGGAGGGAGUUCAGCGAAGAAUUUAGAUGCAUUGGUGAAGCAUUUAUCCGAAUUCAAUUUACAGGAAAAAUAAUAGAAUUUUUUAAUUGUAUAGUAAAACUUUCCUUCCAACCGUCUUUCACCCUUCACAAUCAUUCUUUCUUUUCAUCACCUCUUUACUUUGACAAUUGUUUUUCCAAAAAUUCAAAUUAUCAGGCAUCAUGAGAGUACCCCCUUCAACAUCCUAGAAGUUUGGACUUUCAGUUUGCACUCGACAUAACAUUAGAAGAUCCGAAACUAUAUUAUAAAAAUAAGAUAAUCUAGGACGCCGCUCGGGAAUAGAAGGCGUCACCACAACUGGAUCUAAAAUUAUUUGGCUGAGUCUAGUUCACUGGAAUCAAACUCCGUUAGUGGACGGUGGACCCAGAAAUAGGAUGCCCCUGCACAUGUCCAUUGGUGCCCUUUUCACAUUUCAGCUCCUUGAGUCGCUCCACCAAGUCGUCUAAAUCUCUAUCAGAGCUGCCUCCAUUGGCUGCGCUCAAGGCUGCGUCGCGUAGUUCCAUGGCUCGAACCUUCUCCGGCCUGCUUCCAUCCACUGCCUCUGAUAAUAUCCGAGCCAACUCAGUUGAAUCGGGAACUCUCCGAGUCUCCUCAGCAACUCGGAUCCCUACUCCUACCUCAUUAACCAACAAGUUAGCAUUGGUGUAUUGGUCAGCGCCCAUUGGCCACGUCAGCAUCACCAAGCCGGCGGCCAGCCCCUCCAGGGUGGAAUUCCAGCCGCAGUGAGUCAAGAAUGCACCCACGGCUCGGUGCCUCAGUAUCUGCACCUGCGGGGCCCACCCCCUUAUCACAAAACCUCUGUUGCCCACACGAUCUUCGAACCCCUCUGGGAUCACGCCGCUUUCGCUUGCCACGUCCCCUUUUCCCUGUUGUCUCACACACCAGAUAAAAUUGACUCCGCUUGCCUCCAAUGCAGCAGCCAACACAACCAUUUGCUGAUUUGGAAGACUAGUACGACUCCCAAAGCAUAUAUAAACAACAGAAUCAUUUUCGCACUGAUCAAGCCACGAUAGCACCUUAUGAGAUGGCACCGCGCUGGACCCACCCCGUUUUGCAUCAUCAUCCUCAGGUGCCGGCAGUAAGGGACCCACUGCCCAGACCCGGUUGUGACCCAUGAGUUUCUUCAUAGCCUCGAUGUAAACUCGUUCCAACUCAGUGAACGUGUUGACGACGAGACCCCAACUCGCUAUGUUGCCCAACAUGCAAUUCCUGAAAAAUUCCUUAUCUGGGUCUCCAUCCUCAAGAUUGCGAUACAGCACAGAGAUCUGCCACCAUGGGUAACUUGGGGAAUUGGGAAUGCUAGGAAAGGAAACCAUGAAAUCGUGAUUCUCGGGUUCAUCAUUCUUGGGUCGGUCGCGCCAGACGGCAUAACCAACAGAGAGACCCAAGACGCCGGAUGGGGAGAAGACAAUAUGUGACACGCCCAGCUGACAGGCAAUUUUGUGUGUCCAACCCAAGAAAAAAUCAGAUACGAUGGCCACAGGCGGAUUAGGGUGGGAGUGGAACCACUGGAUGAUGUCAUCAGAUAAUCCAGUCAUGGCCCGCAAGUUAAACAGGAGAUUUUUGGCUGACACAGGACCUGAUUCCGGUAGGGGAAGAACCAGGCUUUGAAAAGAAGAAGGGUACUUGGAGAGGAGGGAAUCGAGUAAGGGGAGAUUUGAGGGUGUAACCAAAACGGUGACUUCUAGGCCGCGGCUGAGUAAUUUAGUGGCGAGGUCGAGGAUGGGGAUGAUAUGGCCUGAACUAUAAAAAGGGUAGAGGAGGACGUGAGCAGCGGCGGUGGUCAACAUGGUCGUAGCUUCAGGACCUUAUAGAAAGGAAAAGAAGGAAAAAUGGAGAUGU